CUUUUUUUUUCUGCAUAUAAAUAGGACUUGAAGUUUACAAAGAAUAUUCAUUUACCUCCAUAACGACAAAUUGAAAAUAAAGUGUCUCUUUUUUAAAAACAAAUUAUUUUUUUGUACACUUUUCAACAGUUUUAAUAAUAAUGAAAUUUUUGGCUCUUUUUGUUUUCGUUGUUUUUGCAUUGGCACUUGUCACUGCGUCUGGUUGUGGGAUGAGAUGCAAACCAGGUUCAAGAUUUAAGCAAGAUUGCAAUGAAUGCGUUUGCUCAGAUGAUGGUAUGACAGCAAUGUGCACACUAAUGGCCUGUCCACCUUUAGGAAACAAUCGACAGCGUCCAUUUUAUCAAAGCAAAAUUGGAAAAUUGUAAAACCUUACAAUAAAUACACAAAUGGAGAAAAAUAAAAUUUAAUAUUACUAUAAAAAAUUUAAUGCAAAAUUUGGUGAGAUAUAUACAACUGCGUCGACGAAAUUGGAAAUAUAAUUAGACAAUAUU